UGUUUUGGCCCCACCUUGGGCAGGAUGGUGAAUUUGGAACUCAUGCACACAGAUAUCAAGAUGAGUGGGGAUGUAGCAGAUUCCACAGAUGUUCGUAGUGCUCUCAGCCAAGUGGAGACAGGGUCAGAGUACUAUGAGUUGAGACCUUAGUGGGGAACCUGGCUCCUCUGGCCCCAUACGUUGCUGCUGUGGCCUGACUCGCUGACCUCUUUUCCUGGGACCUGGCAUGAUUGCCCAGGAUGUUUCUUCAAGUUAGCUGCUGACCACGGGAAAGCAUCCUGGGCAGUUGUAGUGAUGACCGCAGCAUCAGUGGAUAUCUGGCAAGAGAUAAGGGGGCAAUGCAGGGGAGCCCUGAGAGGCCCAUCUGUAGCUCAGACUGAGAAGAAAUGAGGAUUGUAUUUCCAAAAAAAAAUUGAAGAUCUUGGAAAUGAUCGAAACAGCCUAGAUUUCAACAGGCAGAUUAAAACAGAGGAUGUCAAUGACUCCCUGCAGCAGACCCUCUUGCAUAGGCCAUGCCACCUGAGUCAAGGACCUGCCAUGAUGUCCGGAAACCAGAUGUCUGGGGAUGUGACUCCCCUCCACCCUCUCCAGCAGCUUGUGCUGGUUCCUGGCCACCUACAGUCUGUAUCCCAGUUUCUGCUGUCUCAGACCCAGACUGGGCAGCAAGGUCUGCCACCAAAUCUUCUCCCCUUUCCACAGCAACACAGCUCUCUCCUCCUCCCACAGGCUGGACCUGGCCUAAUGUCGCAGACAACUGGACGCCCUGGGCUGCCAGGAUCCUCUUUAGAACCCCACCUGGAAGUGUCCCAGCAUCUCCCAUUGCCUAAGCAUCUGCCCAGCACUGGAGGGGCUGAUGAGCCCAGUGACCUGGAGGAGCUGGAGAAGUUUGCCAAGACCUUCAAGCAGAGGCGCAUUAAGCUGGGCUUCACACAGGGAGAUGUGGGGCUGGCGAUGGGAAAGCUGUAUGGCAAUGACUUCAGCCAGACCACGAUCUCGCGAUUUGAAGCCCUCAAUCUGAGCUUCAAGAACAUGUGCAAGCUCAAGCCACUGCUGGAGAAGUGGCUGAGUGAUGCAGAAUCUUCUCCAUCAGACCCCUCGGUGAGCACUCCAAGCUCCUACCCCAUCCUCAAUGAAGUGUUUGGUAGGAAGAGGAAGAAGCGCACCAGCAUUGAGACCAACAUUCGCCUGACUCUGGAGAAAAGAUUUCAAGAUAACCCCAAACCUAGCUCAGAGGAGAUAUCCAUGAUUGCAGAGCAGUUGUCCAUGGAGAAGGAGGUGGUAAGGGUCUGGUUCUGCAACCGACGCCAAAAGGAGAAGCGAAUCAACUGUCCUGUCACUGCACCCAUUAAAUCACCCAUCUAUACUUCCCGUCUGGUCUCUCCCUCUGCAUCUCUGGGCCCCCUCUCCAUCCCUCCUGUCCAUAACACCGUGCCUGGAACAGUAACAUCACCCUGUUCCCCUGGGAACAACAGCAGGCCUUCGUCUCCUAGCUCAGGACUUCAUGCAAGCAGCCCCACUGCACCUCAAAAUAACUCCAAAGCAACAGUGAACUCCUCCACUUUUAACUCUUCAGGAUCUUGGUAUCGAUGGAAUCAUCCCACCUACCUCCACUGAGACCACAAAGUUUCUCCUAUUCCACUUGGCCCUGUAUUCCCCAUUGGAAGAAAGGGACUCAUCUCUUCUCUGUAUGAACAGAUUACUCUCAGAAGAGCAGAGGAGAAUCCCCUCUAUCACUUAACCUAAAUUCUUGCCUUCUUAAUGAGCAAGGGCCUCUGGAGAUUUAAACUGUGAUUGAACCAUGUGUUGACUUCUAGCAUUAUUGAAAUAUAUACCAAUGCUAGAAUUUGAACUUCCUUGCCUGUGCCUCACCUCCAACCUCUAGUUCUAAAUAUUUUGGACAGCAUCACUGUGGCAGUGAUUUUUCAGAGAAAGGAUACCUUGCCAUUAUUCUCCAACCCAUUCUAGGGACAGCCAUUUGCCUGGCGUGCCAAACUAUCAAAAAGAGACAUAAUGGUUUUAACUCUGACUUUAGCUAUAAUCUCUGAACUAAUUCUAAAAUCUGUGAAAAGACUUGAAUUUGAUGUCUCCACCAAAGCCUUGAUGUUUUCCCUGUUCAGCCAAGUUUUCUGACUAAAACUUCUUUUGCCCAAUUUUCUCUUUAGCACUGCCCCCUUUUCUAGAACCAACUCCAUUCAUGAUUUUGUUCUCCAGGUUCCCUCCUCUUUACAGAAGGCUGAGUUCCUCAGUCCUCUGGGCAUAUUUCUGUACCUAUAGAUGCUCUUCCGUCUGUUACACCUGUCACAGAGUUAAGGAGCAAUUGUUCACUCUCACCUUCCCUGUGUUUUUCCUUAUCUUAUUCUCUCUCCCUUAUCCUGGCUGUAGAAGGAAGAACACAAAAACAAACACGCAACAGUUAUGCUGGCAAAAAAACCUAUAUACAGCCCUUUCCUCUUUUUGCACUUUCUUCUUCUUUCCUUAAUGUGGAAUUUUCCAGCAAAAUGUUUAACUCAGGUGUGAAUUUUGAACAUGGCUGUAAUAUUUUAUCUUCCUUUUAAAAAAGAAGAGAAAUGAAAAAUACCAAAGUCUGAAAUACUAUGCUGACUCCCACAAGAAUUCCCACAUAGGCUAGGAAUCCUUGUUAACUUCCUGGAAAUGUUAUUUUAAGCCUCCUUUGUGAGCCAGUGUGUUGAAAUGUAACAUGAAGCCAUUCUAGAAAUGAUAACUUAAAGAAAAGCUGCAUAUCCAAAGAAAUGUUGAGAUUCAAAGGAAUCGCAUUGUUCCUAAAUAAAUUUGUAUAGUGCUAAUAUACACUA